AUGAACAUAUCUGAGGAAUGCCUUUUUUUGGAAGAAGUAGAGCAAGAACUAAAAGUCGAAUUACUUAUGUGCAAGAGAGGUACAUCUUCCAUAACCGACUACUUGAAUCGUUUCAAAGCUAUUUGUGAGUUGUUGGCUGCUAUUCAGAAAUCUCUUUUAGAUGAUGAUAAAGUAAUGUAUAUCUUGGACGGACUGGAUAUGGUCUUUGUCACUUCGGUGUCUAUGAGGGUUCCCUUUCCCCCAUUCAGUGAACUUCGGUCGCUCCUGAUGGCUGCCCGUUACAAGCCUAUACCCGCCUCUUCCACUCCUCUGGCUACUGAUUAUGUCUUAGUCAGUCAGGUUCAGCAAACCACAUCUGAUAAUCGAGGACGGGGCAGAACGGCGUCAGGGCUCCGGUGA